AUGGCUGCGGUUGAAAGUCAGGAUGAUUAUGCAGUGACUUACACUUCUACUCAGAUCUGUGCUGUAAAAGGAUCAACAGAGGUCAUAGGCUGCUCCUUCAAAUACCCUUCAAGAUAUCCAUAUUUACGGGACACAGUUUGGUUCACCAAAGGAAAUGGUAAUAAACGUGAUGAUCUGAAAAGAGACCCAGUGUAUGCAGGUCGAGUGUCGUACAGCUGUGGGUUGAACAGCUGCACUCUGACAAUCAGAGACCUGAGAGAGAGCCACUCAGCUGUGUACAAGUUCAGGUUUGAAGCAAACCAGAAAAGUUUUACUGGUUUACCUGGAGUCACUCUGAAUGUCACAGUUCUUCAGGUACACGUGGACACAUCAUCAUAUCCUGACUGGGCAACACUGACUUGUCAGAGCAGUUGUCGACUAAAUAAUCAUCUCUUCUAUGCCUGGUACAAAAAUGGUCAGAAAAUUUCUACUCAGUCAGACCAGUACUGGUAUACAGACAAUCUGAAUUCUUCAGAUAGCUACUCCUGUGCUGUAACAGGUCAUGAAGAUUUCCCCUCUCCUUCAGUGUAUGCUCCAAAGCUUCCCUUUGUGUCAGUGAGUCCCUCUGCUGAGAUAGUGGAGGGCAGUUCAGUGAGUCUGACCUGUAGCAGUGAUGCUAACCCAGCAGCUGAUUACACCUGGUACAAAGACAAAAAACUGAUGAGUAGAGAACAGCAGUUAACCUUCAGCUCCAUCCAGUCUUCUGACUCUGGAGAGUAUUGCUGUACUGCUGAGAAUGAGCUGGGCAAAAACUCAUCUGAAGUCAUCUCUAUCAAUGUGAAAUACAUCCCAAAGCUUCCCUCUGUGUCAGUGAGUCCCUCUGCUGAGAUAGUGGAGGGAAGUUCAGUGACUCUGACCUGUAGCAGUGAUGCUAACCCAGCAGCUAAUUACACCUGGUACAAGGAACAACAACCGAUCAGCCAAGAAAAGCAGAUCAUCUUCAGGUCCAUCUGGUUUUCUGACUCUGGAAAGUAUUGCUGUACCGCUGAGAAUGAACUGGGCAAAACGAUAUCUAAAGUCAUCACUAUCAAUGUGAAAUGUGAGUGAAAAAACUUUUUGAAAACAUAAUUUCCCUCUGCUGAGAUAGUGGAGGGCAGUUCAGUGACUCUGACCUGUAGCAGUGAUGCUAACCCAGCAGCUAACUACACCUGGUACAAGGAACAAAACAGAUCAGUAGAAAGCAGCAGUUAA